AUGACAGAUAAGCGGCUUCGGACAUUAAAUAUCAACACAAAUGUAGUCAAACGGAUUCUGAAGGAAAAGUCCAGGUACGAAGAAGAAGUUGUUAAAUAUACGGAGAUUUAUAACAAUAAAGUUGCCGCACAAGCUGAAGAGCACGAUGUUAAAAUGGCGACUGCCAAUACAGACUUGCCAAAGCUAUUAAGGAACUGGAAGGUGCUACUGAAUGUGAAGAAGAAUUCGGAGACACAGAAGAAUUCAAACAGGCGAAAUGCUUAUUACAAGAAUGCUUGA